AUGAUUUAUCUACAGAACCGCCUCGUGGUUGCUGCCCAAGUCCGGGACUCCCUUCUUCAAUCCAUCACGGACCCAGAACUCGCCUCCUCGUUCGACACUAGCGGCGAUGAGUUAUUGUACGAAAUUCAGCUUCUGAGCGCCCAGCAACGCGCCGCCGCUGCCUGUUUCAUCGUUGAGAACAGGCUUGAUGCCAAGGGCGCCCAGGAUCUCACCCUCGCCAUGAAGGAUUUUUCUCGCAGGCUUGGGAAUAAAGGGUGGGAGAUUUUUGAUUAUGCUCUCCCUAGAGAUUGUCUCUCCUUUUUGUAUUAUAGGCAGAGUAGAGAGCAUAAGAACCCGUCAAAGCAGAGGACUGCUGCUCUAGAGCAGGCACUGAAAGCUGCCGAAACUGAGAAAGCGAGAAGCAGGGUGUUGGAAGGGACCAGUGAGGGGAAAGGAGGGAAAGAAUGGGAUAUGGAUUCCGCGGAUUGGGUUCUGGUGGUGAGGUUGAGGCUUGGAGAGGUGGCGGAGGGGAGUAGCGUGGUAGUAUUGCUGGUUUGUAGAGCUGAGGAGUGGGAGCAGGAGGUUUUGGCAGCGCCGUGGAAGUGUAGGAGCGAGGAUGAGUUUGGUGUGGUGGUGGCAGAGAAGGGGUAUAAAAGUGCCUGGAAGCCUGGAAGAAGUUCAACUGGUCGAAUUCCGGUUUCCAUUUGCUGGCUUGCCCGUUCCAAGCCUAGAGUUGAUCCAUGUGACUUGUGCAAAGGCUCUGGGUCACGUGGUUCCUAG